AUGGAUGGUGUCCCCAAUACCACACMAAAUGAGUUUAACAUAGAUCAUUUGUCACAAGACCAAUCCACAGGAUCGACCACGUCAUCCAACGCACACCAAAAUAGAGACACACAUUCUAUAUCUACACAGUCACACCGAAACAGUAGAAGAGCAGUGUCAGAAUCUAUGAUCGAAGUUGUACAGUCUAUUGCCCCUAUGUUGACGGUCGAACAGAUAAGAUACGACUUGGAAACUACCGGAAAUGUGGAAGCUACAGUAAACCGAUUCAUGGAGUUGGGUGAUUUACCAUUCCCCCCAGGAUACGUGCGUCCACAACAACCACCAACACCAAGCGAAGAACCAAAGAAACAAGAAGUGAUUGGGAAACGAUCAGUGAAUUUAUUGGAAAAGUACAACAUUGAUGCGAAGAACCCGAAGAGCGAUCACAACAGUUUAUUGCACCAAAGAAGACAAGAAAUGAUUCUUGGUGCUAGAAAGAGAUUGGCUGCCCAGUUAAGCAACGAAUUAUAA